AUGCUUCUCACUUUUGGAACAUUGAACCCUGGUGAGGAUAAGGUCUGUGAUGUUCUGACGUCCAAUGGCUCAUUUGUAAAAUUUGAUCAUAGGACCACAGGAAUUCAAAAAAGAGGAAAGAGAACUGGGGGUCGUACUAGGUCGCCUUCCCAAACGUACGAUCACAUAAUGGCAGAAAGAAAACGACGCAAGCAUCUUGGCCAGCUAUUCUCGUCUCUUUCUUCCAUACUUCCUGGCCUCAAGAAGAUGGAUAAAACUUCAGUUCUUGGAGAUGCCAUAAACCAGUUGAAACAUCUUCAGGAGAAAGUAAAGACACUAGAAGAACAAGUCACAAAGCAAACCGUGGAAUCCGUGGUUCUUGUGAAGAAAUCACAAUUUCUGGUUGCAGAUGAUGUAUCUUCAGAUGAAAGGGGGUGCAACAAUAAUAAUCAGCUAGUGUUCCCUCAAAUUGAAGCCAAAGUUUGCGACAAGGAAGUUCUGCUAAAAGUCCAUUGUGAAAAUCAUCAACCAGGAGUGUUGAUAAAAUUACUUUCGAAGGCAGAAAAGCUCAAUCUUGCCGUUACCAACACCAGCGUCACGCCGUUCGGAAGUUCGGCUCUUGAAGUUACGAUCAUUGCCGAGAUGGAGAAAGAAUUCAACAUGACGACCAAAGAACUAGCAAAAAACCUUGGAUCUGCCCUUCACCUUGUAGCGCAAGAAUCUUGAAUGCAGAGUUGCCACGAUAAUUAU